AUGGCGGGCUCACAACCCAUCACCCUAGCACCCUUGAACCAGGCCUGCGCCCAACUCUUUAACGUUAAUAGACAGUGGAUGUAUAGAACUUUCAAGGUAAUCAGCGAACAACAAAAACAUUCGGAAAAACACCAAAAUGGAACACAAGAGUCAAAUGAGCAUAAUGACGCACCACCCUUGUUACCUCAUUCGCCGACACCAUCGUCUCAGUCGGCACAGCGUUCGGGAGCUCUGCCUCCAUCGACUUGCGAACAUGUAGAUGAGAUUGUCCCAUCGUCGCAAGACGUAUGCACAGAGGCGAUGCCGGAACUCGAACCAGAGUUAUUGCAUGCACUGGGGGACGCAGUGGACGAUAUUCCGAUUUAUGGCCCUGACAUCCAUGGCAAAUUGGCGCAGCGAUGGCUCCCAAUCUUAAAAAAGGGCCUUCAAGCGGAGAUAAAAGAAAAGCUUUUAAAGGAGUAUGUGGCUCCAGAUAAUUGUAAACUGUUAAAAGCCCCAACCUUAAAUCCAGAAAUAUCUGCCGCUGUCGCGAAUAUUGUAAGGGCCCGGGACAGAAAGCUCCAGACAAGGCAGGAUCAGCUGGGCCUAGGUAUAACAGCUAUAAACAAAGCGAUGACUUUGUUAUUGACCGGCGAUGACAAGGUACAAGCAGUAAAAAUUUUAUCGGAUAGCUGUCGAAUACUUACUGAUCUUCACUUUACUGAGACGCAAGUAAGAUCGAAGCUCAUUACUCCGGGACUGGAUAAAUCCUUUUUGGCCGUAAUUCAAAACCAUGAGCGGGAUGAAACCCUUUUCGGAAAUACAUUACCGGACAAAAUCAAAGCUUCAAAGGCAAUUGAAAGGCAAGGCCUUCAAAUUAAAAAAGUCCCCAAUCCGAAAGCGUCGACACCGAGUUCUUCCUUUGCAGCCGCUCGCCCUCGUCCUCAGGGAAACUGGUCCGGCCCCUCUCGCUACCAGUCGUUCAGCAGGGGGGGGCGGGCAGGAUCGUACCGAACUCAAUAUCGCCGCGCGCCGGCGUCCAUGCCACCGCCGUCAACGCGGAAUUCAACUUCGAGCACAAUGAACCCUGUCAACAAGCGUGCCCCAACACGGCACUAA